AUGAAGAAAAUUAUAGAAGCUGGAAAAUGGAGAUGCGAGAAAAUUGGUACAGAAUUUAACCUUUGGGAUUCGACAACUGAUUUCCAUUUAAAUUUAUGUUUCACAUCGAUGAUUUUACUUGAGGGAAAUCAAAUAUGGAGUCUUGCUUACGGACAUAGAUUUAUAUCCAUUGGCCUUGCGAAACGUGUUCAGGUCAGGAACGAAUGA